AUGGUUGGGAGAAUCAUUGACUUCGGUAUGCCAUUUUCGCUUGCAGUUUUGAUUUCCAUCAUAGCAUUUGCCACUGCUCGAAGCACAGAGAAGACCUUGCCACCGGUGGCGUUAGAAGCGCUCAUGGAAGUCAGCUUGGGUUAUAACGAAAAUUUGGAAUGGAGCGAAGCAAUGGUCAAAGAAGCAUUGGAAGCUCUACGGUCACCUGAAAAGGCCAACGCUGUUCUGAAGAUCAAAGGCAAAGAGGCAUUCUCAAAGACCGAUCCAACCCCAAUCGGAAUCAGAAUGAUAGAUCUUUUCAAAAAACUCGUCGAAGGAAAGAAAGAAGAGGUAGCUGAAUUGAGAAAAGGUGCUCAGUUUGGAUGCAAUGGCGUCAUCAAGGAGAGAAAGCAGAACACUGUUGUAGCCCUAUGCCUCUACAGAAACUGA